UAAGGUGUGCAUCGGCGGCGUACGACGUGACGUGAUGAAGAGAAGAUAAAAGAAAAAUCAAGGAAGAUUCGGCGAUCUUUAAAGCGAACGAUAGAGGGCCGUGGAAAAAAGGAUCGGAUCGCUGGCGGAGUGCCGACAACCACGACUUGAGAGAUGGUCAUCGUCACGCGGGGAGAUUACAUAUGGAUCGAACCAAUCUCAGGGAGAGAAUUUGACGUUGCGAUCGGAGCACGAGUGAUUUCCGCGGAAGGCAGACGCAUCCAAGUGAAAGACGACGAUAACAAGGAACAAUGGCUGACUCCGGAGAGGCGAAUAAAGGCGAUGCAUGCCACUUCUGUGCAAGGUGUAGAAGAUAUGAUCAGCUUAGGAGACCUCCAUGAAGCCGGCAUUCUCAGGAAUCUCUUGAUCCGCUACAACGAGAAUCUCAUAUACACCUACACGGGUUCCAUUCUAGUCGCCGUCAAUCCAUAUCAGAUACUGCCUAUUUAUACCGCGGAGCAAAUCAAACUGUACAAGGAUCGGAAAAUCGGGGAGCUGCCGCCGCACAUAUUCGCCAUCGGGGACAACAGUUACGCGCACAUGAGUCGAUAUGGUCAAGAUCAAUGCAUCGUCAUCAGCGGCGAAAGCGGAGCCGGCAAAACGGAAAGUACCAAACUAAUUUUGCAAUAUUUGGCAGCGAUCAGCGGCAAACAUUCUUGGAUCGAACAACAAAUUUUGGAAGCGAAUCCAAUCUUGGAGGCGUUCGGCAAUGCCAAGACCGUACGAAAUGACAAUUCGUCUCGCUUCGGGAAGUACAUCGACAUUCACUUCAACGAACAAGGGGUGAUAGAAGGGGCGAAAAUUGAGCAAUAUUUGUUGGAAAAAUCACGAAUAGUCUCGCAAAGUUUAGACGAGAGAAACUACCAUAUAUUUUAUUGCAUGCUGGCCGGUCUUUCGAGAGAGGAGAAGCUGAAGCUGGAACUGGAAGACGCAUCUUCGUACAAAUAUUUAACAGGGGGUGGUAGCAUCACCUGCGAAGGACGAGACGACGCCGCAGAGUUUGCCGACAUCAGAUCGGCGAUGAAGGUUUUGUUGUUUUCCGACGCGGAGAUAUGGGAGAUCCUCAAGCUGCUCGCUGCUCUGUUGCACAUGGGAAACGUUAAGUACAGGGCCACUGUCGUAGAUAAUUUGGACGCUACCGAAAUACCGGAGCAGACAAACGUGCAGAGGGUAGCGCAUUUAUUGGGCGUACCUGUUCAGUCUUUGAUAGACGCUCUCACCCGCAAAACGAUAUUCGCUCACGGUGAGACAGUUGUUUCCACGUUGUCCAGGGAGCAAUCGGUGGACAUCAGGGACGCGUUCGUCAAAGGAAUAUACGGACGGCUGUUCGUCCACAUCGUGAAGAAGAUCAACGAGGCGAUUUACAGGCCAAAGAACACGUCCAGAAGCGCCAUAGGCGUGUUGGAUAUAUUCGGCUUUGAAAAUUUCAGUCACAACAGCUUCGAACAAUUCUGCAUUAAUUAUGCGAACGAGAAUCUUCAGCAAUUUUUCGUCCAACAUAUUUUCAAGCUUGAACAGGAGGAGUACAAUCACGAGGGUAUCAAUUGGCAGCACAUCGAGUUCGUUGAUAAUCAGGACGCGCUGGACUUGAUAGCUAUCAAACAGUUGAACAUCAUGGCGUUGAUCGACGAGGAAUCCAAGUUUCCAAAAGGCACCGAUCAAACGAUGCUGGCCAAGAUUCACAAGACGCACGGCAGCCAUAGGAAUUACUUGAAACCAAAGUCCGAUAUCAACACGUCUUUCGGAUUGAAUCACUUUGCCGGGGUGGUGUUCUACGACACCAGAAGUUUCCUCGAAAAGAACAGGGACACGUUCAGCGCCGACCUCUUGCAGCUGAUUCAUAUAUCGUCCAACAAAUUUCUGCAAGCCUGUUUCGCCGAGGAUAUCGGCAUGGGAUCGGAGACCAGGAAGAGAGCGCCCACGCUGUCCACGCAAUUCAAAAAGUCUUUGGACUGCCUGAUGAGAACGUUGUGCAGUUGCCAGCCUUUCUUCAUCAGGUGUAUCAAACCGAACGAGCACAAGAAACCGAUGAUGUUCGACAGAGGGCUUUGUUGCCGGCAAUUGAGAUAUUCCGGCAUGAUGGAGACGAUUCGAAUCCGUAGAGCCGGUUAUCCGAUCAGGCAUUCCUUCCCGGAGUUCGUCGAGAGAUAUCGGUUCCUCAUUCCCGGUAUACCUCCAGCGCACAAAGUGGACUGCCGCGCGGUCACAUCGAAAAUUUGUCACAUAGUGUUGGGAAGAUCCGAUUACCAGCUCGGGCAUACCAAGGUCUUCCUGAAAGACGCUCACGACUUAUUCCUGGAGCAGGAGCGCGAUCGCGUUUUGACGCGAAAGAUUCUGAUACUGCAACGGAACAUACGCGGUUGGGUGUAUAGAAGGAGGUUCCUUCGUAUGAGGGCGGCCGCGACGGUCGUGCAAAAGUAUUGGCGGGGUUACGCGCAACGGCAAAGGUACAAACGCAUGCGUAUCGGUUACAUGCGACUUCAAGCGCUGAUCAGAUCGCGCGUGCUGUCGCACAGAUUCAGGCAUCUCAGGGGACAUAUCGUCGCUCUUCAGGCACGGGCCAGAGGUUAUUUGGUGCGUAAGAUGUACCAGAAGAAAUUAUGGGCGAUCGUGAAGAUACAGGCCCACGUUCGAAGAUUGAUCGCGCAGAGGCGUUACAAGAAAACCAAGUACGAGUAUCGGUUGCACGUAGAGGCGUUGAGACUUCGAAAGAAGGAGGAGCGGGAGCUGAAGGAUCAGGGGAACAAACGGGCGAAAGAGAUCGCCGAGCAGAAUUAUAGGGAACGAAUGCAGGAGUUGGAGAGGAAAGAGAUCGAGAUGGAGAUGGAAGAUCGGCGUAGAAUGGAGAUCAAGAAGAAUUUAAUAAACGACGCGGCGAAGAAGCAGGACGAACCGGUGGACGACAGCAAAUUGGUCGAGGCGAUGUUCGAUUUCCUGCCGGAUUCGAGCAGCGAGGCUCCCACCCCUGCCAGGGAGACCUCCGUGUUCAACGAUCUACCCGCCCCGAAGGCGGAUCAACAGGAAAUCAUCAGCCCUGUUCAAACCGCGUCCGAGGACGAGGAGGAUUUAUCCGAGUUCAAGUUCCAAAAGUUCGCGGCGACCUAUUUCCAGGGAAAUAUCACGCAUCAGUAUUCUAGGAAGCCGCUGAAGCACCCGUUGCUGCCUUUGCACACCCAAGGGGAUCAGCUGGCCGCGCAAGCCCUGUGGAUCACGAUACUUCGUUUCACGGGGGAUCUACCCGAGCCUAGGUUCCACACGAUGGAUCGAGACACGACCUCGGUCAUGUCGAAGGUGACGGCGACUCUCGGCCGUAACUUCAUCAGGAGUAAAGAGUUUCAGGAGGCGCAGAUGAUGGGCAUGGAUCCGGAAACGUUUCUCAGGCAGAAACCACGAUCGAUCAGGCACAAGUUGGUCUCGUUAACGUUGAAACGGAAGAACAAACUGGGCGAGGACGUGAGGCGGAAGUUGCAAGAGGACGAAUACACGGCGGACAGCUAUCAAUCCUGGCUGGAAGCGAGACCCACCUCGAAUCUCGAGAAGCUGCACUUUAUCAUCGGCCACGGAAUAUUACGCGCGGAGCUCAGGGACGAGAUCUACUGCCAGAUAUGCAAGCAACUGACGAACAAUCCUUCCAAGUCCUCUCACGCUCGCGGCUGGAUUCUACUCUCGCUCUGCGUUGGCUGCUUCGCCCCCUCCGAGAAGUUCGUGAAUUAUUUGCGCGCGUUCAUCAGAGAAGGACCACCUGGAUACGCACCGUACUGCGAGGACAGGCUGAAGAGAACGUUCAACAACGGUACGAGGAACCAACCGCCAAGCUGGCUCGAGCUGCAAGCCACCAAAUCGAAAAAACCGAUCAUGCUACCCAUCACGUUCAUGGACGGAAACACCAAGACGUUGCUCGCCGAUUCCGCGACUACAGCCAGGGAAUUGUGCAACCAGCUGUCCGAUAAAAUAUCUCUGCGCGAUCAGUUCGGGUUCUCCCUUUACAUCGCGUUGUUCGAUAAAGUCUCGUCGCUCGGUAGCGGCGGAGAUCACGUGAUGGACGCAAUCUCUCAAUGCGAGCAAUACGCGAAGGAACAAGGUGCUCAGGAACGAAACGCACCGUGGCGGUUGUUCUUUAGGAAGGAGAUAUUCGCGCCGUGGCACGAACCUACCGAGGACCAGGUUGCCACCAAUUUAAUUUACCAACAGGUGGUCAGAGGGGUGAAAUUCGGUGAAUAUCGUUGCGACAAGGAGGAAGAUCUGGCGAUGAUCGCCGCGCAACAGUACUACAUCGAGUAUCACGCAGAUAUGAACGUCGACAGACUAUACACGCUUCUGCCCAAUUACAUUCCAGACUACUGUCUGACGGGUAUCGACAAGGCGAUCGACAGAUGGGGACAUCUCGUCCUGCAAGCGUACAAAAAGAGCUAUUACUUGAAAGAAAAGGUACCCGCAUUACGGGUUAAGGAGGACAUCGUCGGUUACGCCAAGUUCAAGUGGCCCUUGCUCUUUUCUCGCUUCUACGAAGCGUACAGAAACUCCGGCCCGAAUCUCCCGAAGAACGACGUUAUCAUAGCGGUGAACUGGACCGGAGUGUACGUCGUGGACGAUCAAGAACAAGUACUCCUCGAGUUGUCGUUUCCCGAAAUCACCACCGUAUCUAGUCAAAAAACGAACAAGAUGUUCACGCAAACGUUCAACUUGUCGACGGUGCGAGGCGAAGAAUUCACGUUCCAGAGUCCCAACGCCGAAGACAUUCGCGAUCUGGUGGUAUACUUUCUAGAAGGAUUGAAGAAGCGUAGCAAAUACGUAAUCGCUUUGCAAGAUUACAAAGCUCCAGGCGAAGGUUCGUCCUUCUUGAGCUUUCAAAAAGGCGAUCUUAUCAUUCUGGAGGACGAGAGCACCGGCGAGACGGUCCUUAAUUCGGGAUGGUGCAUCGGCACUUGCGAGAGAACCACCGAAAAAGGAGACUUUCCAGCCGAGACAGUAUACGUUCUGCCUUCCUUGACGAAACCACCGAACGAUAUCUUGUCCUUGUUCAGCAUCGAAGGAACAGAGAACGGCCGCAAACUGUAUCCGCAGCAAGUGAACGGAGUAGAACCUCGCGACAAACCUCACACCCUUCUAGAAUACGCUAUCGAUCAUUUCAGAACACCUCCAAAGAGGACGAUGUCGAAAGCGUUGACUCUAACGGCCGCGCGACGCGGCCACACCGACGAGUUGUGGCACCAUUCCAGGGAUCCGAUAAAGCAGCCUCUCUUGAAAAAAUUGAUAUCCAAAGAGGAAUUAGCCGAGGAAGCGUGUUUCGCUUUUAACGCGAUCUUGAAGUAUAUGGGAGAUUUGCCAACGAAAAGACCACGUAUCGGCAACGAGUAUACCGAUCUGAUUUUCGACGGACCGCUCAAGAACGAAAUUCUUCGGGACGAGAUUUACUGUCAAAUUAUGAAACAGCUGACCGAUAAUCGAAACAGAGUCAGCGAAGAACGCGGUUGGGAACUGAUGUGGCUCGCUACUGGCCUCUUCACUUGUAGCCAAAGCCUUCUUAAGGAAUUGACUCUCUUUUUGCGUACCAGACGGCAUCCCAUAUCACAGGACUCCUUACAAAGGCUACAGAAAACCUUGCGUAACGGUCAACGAAAGUAUCCUCCGCAUCAGGUAGAGGUAGAGGCUAUACAGCACAAAACGACGCAAAUAUUUCACAAAGUCUAUUUCCCCGACGAUACGGACGAAGCAUUCGAAGUUGAUUCGUCGACGAGAGCAAAAGACUUUUGUCAAAAUAUCGCGCAAAGGCUGAACUUACGAUCCGCGGAAGGAUUCAGUUUAUUCGUAAAGAUCGCCGACAAGGUUAUCUCAGUUCCCGAAGGCGAUUUCUUCUUCGACUUUGUACGUCAUUUGACGGAUUGGAUCAGAAAAGCUCGGCCGUCCCGCGAUGGUGUAUCGCCCCAAUUUACGUAUCAAGUCUUCUUCAUGAAAAAACUAUGGACCAACACCGUUCCCGGUAAAGAUAGAAACGCAGACCUAAUUUUCCACUUCCAUCAAGAGCUUCCUAAAUUGUUAAGAGGAUAUCAUAAAUGUACCAAGGAAGAAGCGUCGAGAUUAGCAGCAUUAGUGUAUAGAGUUCGUUUUGGCGAGAGUAAACAGGAACUUCAAGCGAUUCCGCAAAUGUUAAGGGAACUCAUACCUGGUGAUUUAGUAAAGGUACAAAGUUCCAACGAUUGGAAGAGAUCGAUAAUAGCAGCGUACAAUCAAGAUGCUGGGAUGAGUCCGGAAGAUGCGAAGAUAACGUUUUUGAAGAUCGUUUAUCGAUGGCCGACAUUUGGUUCAGCGUUUUUCGAAGUCAAACAAAGCACAGAACCAAAUUAUCCAGAAUUGUUAUUAAUCGCGAUAAAUAAGCACGGUGUGAGUCUUAUACACCCACAAACGAAAGAUAUACUAGUAACGCAUCCUUUUACAAGAAUCUCAAAUUGGUCGUCCGGUAAUACAUACUUUCAUAUGACGAUUGGAAAUUUAGUGCGAGGUUCAAAACUAUUGUGCGAAACUUCGCUCGGAUAUAAAAUGGACGAUCUUUUAACCUCUUACAUUUCGUUAAUGCUCACAAAUAUGAAUAAACAACGUACGAUACGGAUCAAAUAAAAUCACGUUCUUCGUGAAAACUAAACAUGUGCAAGA